UUAGAGGCUCAGUUGUAAGGAGACACUCUAAGGUAGAGCCAGGACUUCAGUGAGCCUAUCUGCUCAAGGGCUCCCCCUGCUCAAAAACAGCAGUUUGUGGCAUAAAAUCUAAAGUACACGUUUUUGCAUUACGGACAUCACUGGCCCUGCAAGGAGAGCAGAAGAAGGUGCAGAAAGAGAAAGGAAAUUAGAGACGCUGCAAGGCCCAGGUCCAGCCUGGCGAACCUCCCACAGCAGCUCAUCUUGCAGAUCUGUGGCCUCUGCUCCCCUUCCUAAACCUACUGCGGACCUACAACUUCAGCUGGGUGUGUCUGGGCUCUGAAACCUACAUCAACAGCCAAGGGCACCUAAGGUUGAAGAUCUUCCCAGAUCUCCCUGUUCUAGGGGACCAGUGGGGGGAGUCCCACACACCCCGAAACCUGGCUAUAUUCCCAGAUGGGACUUUUCUACGUAUCUAUUCAUUCCUCCUAGGACACCAUGGACCCCCAGCCACCAGCCCCCCAGGCUUUCCAGAGGGCUGAGAAACCUGGUCGGGUCCGCCGUCGGAAGACCAGGCGGGAGCGUAACGAGGCCUUGGUGGGCAGCCGCCGGCCACCGGCCUGUCAAGAUCCUCCUGUGGCCAGUUGGAAUCCACCUUUAGCCCUCCGGGAUCCCGUGGCCCCUACUGCCUCCAAGCUGGUGGUCAUAACCCAGGGCCGGCUGAGCAGGGAGCACCGCGGUCUUUUCAACCAUGAGGUGAAAUCUCUGGAUGUGGCACGGCUGCUUAGCAGUGGAUCUCUGGAUCCAGUCACCCCCACACUCACCACCAAGCCUUCUCCAAGCCCACGUAGGGUCCGAGAAUCAGCCCCACAGUCAAGAGGCAAGGAGAAUCAGGUGCCUGGAGGCUCGGGCCCAGGUCCACCUAGUCCUCCCAAGCUCCCUGGCUUGGGGCAGCUGCUGGCGGAGCUGCAGUGCCAGCUGAUUCUGCCACAGGCCUUCCCCAGGAGGAACCUAGUGCAAGAGGCCAGAGACGCCAUCGUGGGUACCUUACAGGCCUGCCAUGGCUGUGUGCCCGACCUUACGGUGGUGCUCCGGGGCUGCCAGCCACCACUGUCAGGGACCAAGCCUGGGGGCCCUGAGAGACGAAGGAUGACACCCUCCUGGAUCAAUAGCCCUGAGCAGGCCCCAGGGGAGAGGAGGCAGAGGAGGCAACAGGAGACAAAGGAAUUCACCUUUACCAUGCCUCACACCUUUAGCACUCCCACUACACACAGGGUGAGCCUGGUACCACCGAAAGGUCCCUGGUUACCCCCAUUGCCCUCAAUGCCUUCGCCAUCCGGGGUGGCCUGGGGCCCCCCAACUGCCUUUGACCUGCUGAAAAGCAUCUGGCUGGUAGCCUCACCGCCCCCUUCCCAGCCCUGGCAGGUUGGCGCACAACAGCCUCUGCCUCACCUGCCAUCACCCUUAUUGCCCCGAACCUCUGCCCUGGACUGGAGUCCCAACCCCCCUGUCCCGCAGCCUAGCCUCUCCUGGAUGAUGGCUCAGAGCAGCCCAGAGGCCUGGUCCUUUCCACCCAUGAGAUUGUACUGAGGGGGCUAAUGCUGGGAUGGGGGCAGGAAUCCUGCACUCCCAAUCACCUCAAUAAAGUA